CGUUGGUGUUCCAUCAAGAUCUGCACCUGUGUUGCUCUGACCCAAGUGGACAACUCCGACCGUGCCAAUCUGUCCAAGCUGGUUUAAACCAUCUAUACCAAUUUCAACGAUCUCUACGAGGAGAUCCGCAAGCACUGGCACCUCUCAAAACGAAUACUCUACAUAGUAAAAUUUCCCACUUGAACGCGAAAUUAUUCCACAAGUGAUGACGAUUUCCUGGGAGAUUCAUAAAUGCAACUUUCAAGUACCAACAAACGUUUAGCAGAUACCACAUAUAAAAAUCCUUUCCACUGUUGAGAAAACCAUUCAGUCAAUCCAGCAGCUUUCACAACUCAAACAUGGCGAAACUCAUCAUCCUCAACGUUUGUGCUUUGAUAGCCUUGGCAAAUGCUGGAGUCACCAUUCCAAAACACCUUCCUCGUUUUGAUCCCCGGAUGAUCGUUGGAGGUUACCCAAUUGAGAUCGAUGAGGCUCCCUAUCAGGUGUCGCUUCAACGUGACGGAAAUCACAUUUGUGGAGGAUCGAUCAUCUCUAGCAAAUGGAUUCUGACAGCUGCCCAUUGCACGGAAUAUGGAAGUACCAAUAGCUUCUCCGUUCGAAUUGGAUCUACCAAACACGCCGCUGGAGGUCAAGUGAAGAAAGUUGCAAACAUUGUUUCGCAUCCCGAGUACGAUGGUCUGUCGAUAGUCAACGAUUUCUGCCUGUUGGAACUUGAGGAAACGCUUCAGUUUGACAACUCGAUUCAAACCAUUAAACUGACUGUUGAUGAACCAGAAGCCGGAAGUAUCGCCCUGGUAUCCGGAUGGGGAGCCACUCAUUCUCCAUCGGAAUCGAAUGCCAAGCUGCGAGCCGCCAAUGUUCCGAUCGUCACUCGCGAGGACUGUAACAAAGCUUACGAUGGACGUAUUCAUGAGUCGAUGAUCUGUGCUGGAUUCCUGGAGCAAGGUGGCAAGGACUCGUGUCAGGGUGAUAGCGGAGGUCCUUUGGCCAUUGAUGAUCAGCUGGUCGGAGUUGUGUCUUGGGGUCGAGGAUGUGCCGAGGCAGGAUAUCCUGGAGUGUACUCGAAUGUAGCAUCCGUGAUCGACUGGAUCAACGAAACUACAAAUGCUUUGGAAUAAGUUGUAGUCUGUGUUAAGAUGAACAAUAAUAUGUGAUGAACGUUUUUAAAAUAAAUAU